CAUAAACACAUGUCGGUUUUCCUCAAAAAAAGAACAAGGUUGGACAUUCACGGAGCGAGACGAAUCUCCAGCCACAAUCGUGCACCACCGGUCCUCCGCCGCCGCAAUCCAUCAUCGGUCUUCUCCAACAUCCGUUCUCCAUCGUCUCCAGUCUCCCCUACUGCUGAUCGCUAGUCAUCCCUCCAAUCCCGUCUAGGUCCUGCAGAAAUGCCAAAAGAUCAUAGGGUGAAUUCGCUGUCAAACAAUCGAGUUAGGGCAUCUCCUUAUCAUCCAUGCAGCUUAAGGGAAACUGGUGUCAGGUCUGAAAAGUCACCCCCAAUAGUAGGGAAUGAAAGAGAGUGGGAGGAAGCCAGGUGCCCAAUAUGUAUGGAGCACCCACACAAUGCCGUCCUAUUGUUAUGCUCCUCUCUAGAAAAUGGUUGUAGGCCAUAUAUGUGUGACACAAGUUACCGCCACUCAAAUUGUCUUGACCAAUUCUGUAAGUCAUUUGCUGCUCGACAACCUAUUCUCCCUCCCACAUCAGCUACAUCUUCUCAUAGAGGUAGGAUGGAGCGAUUAAUGCAUGCACAUAUCAGGUCUCUUGGAAACCAACAGCUUGUUUGCCCUCUUUGCCGUGGACAGAUCAAAGGGUGUGUCGUUGUAGAGGCUGCUAGGGGGCUUAUGAAUUCUAAGACAAGGAGUUGUUCGCGGGAGACAUGUGAUUUUACUGGCACAUAUGUCGAGCUAAGGAAGCAUGCUAGAGAAGAACAUCCAUCUCACCAUCCAUCCGAAACCGACCCUAGACGUGAGUCUGAGUGGACAAGGUUGCAGCUCCAAAGAGACUUUGAGGAUACUCUUAAUGCUUAUCAAUCACAUCUCACCGACUUUGAUGAAGAUUACAUUGUUAGCCUCGAUGAGGAGUUCUCAAUCUCUGGUUUGGAACACGAGUUCCCCUUCUCUUUUCAUUUUGACGAAUCACCUUUUGAUCUAUCAGAUUUCAAUGCCUGGUUUGCUGAUGAUGAAUUGUUGUUCUACGAGGACGAUGAUAUACUACUACCUGAGACUCUGUCAAAUUAUUUCAUGGAAGAUCCCAACUCUAUAGAAAGUGUAGACAGGCAUCCUAUGGAAAGUAGGUCCAGGAGUUCUACUCUGCACUCAAAUAAUCAAUUACAUGAAACUAGGUCAAGAAGGUCAACAGAAACCUCUAGUCAUCAUUACCGGGAACAUUCUGUCUCCAGAACACCAAACAGCAGGCAUAGAAGCUCAUCAACACGUCGUUCAAAUGAUCGUAUUGAUGGUGGAUCUGCUUCUAGGAGAAGGGCAGGUAAUUCAGCAAGGCGUGCCAGCAGCAGAUCAAGGUCACAGCAAUGGAAUUAUGAAUCCGAUAAUGAUAGUGAUUUUUCAUGGUACUUGUGUGAUGAAGUCAUUAUUAUUUAGCUUUUCGUCAGCUCUCCUCAUUGUUUUUUGGUUUGACAAGGGGGUUGGAACCUUAUUCGGAGUAGUGCUCAUCUGAUAAUUCCGGAUUUCCGGAUGUCAUGCAUCAAUUGUUUGUAUUGUUAUACUUGCUCUGUCGAUUUGCUAUUCCUAAUUUCCUAUAAACCGUAACAUUUCUUCAAAAGUAAAGGGUGUGCUAUGUUUAACUUGUUUGAAUUUUAAGUGCACCCAGUACUUCACAUUAUCUUCAAAAAUGUAAUGAGAUGGAAAAAAGCA